AGACUUGCUUCGCUUGUGUGGUGAGGGUGAGAGUGUCAGCUGACCACUCGGGAAAUUUUGUCAACCAAACUAUCGGGUACAGCUAUGUCCCGUAUCAGUGAUCAAUUUAUUGAUCGAUCACAUCGUAUUGACCAUGUACUGAAGUCGUAUUGUUUCUAAAACGUCUUACAGCAUCUGCACUCGUGAAUCCGAGCAUACUGAAUCGGGUCUGACACCAUGCUAGCCACAGUGACUGCUGUGGUUAGGUUUGCUCAAUACAAUGGCAGUGUUACACCCACACCGCUGGAGAACACAUCAGCAUUCCCAACCUGGCAACCUGAUACUGAGAGCAACAUCUCCAAACCUCACAAAUGCCUUCAAGUUUUGUACGAGGACGUUGGAAACUCCAGGGUGCGAUUCUGGGACAUUUUUCUGCUAGUGCCUAAUGUGGCUUUUUUGGUGUUCCUGAUGUGGAAGCUGCCCUCGGCCAGGGCAAAGAUUCGACUCACCUCCAGUCCCAUCUUUGUCACCUUUUACUUGCUGGUUUUUGUUGUAGCAGCGGUUGGAAUCACCCGGGCUGUCGUGUCUAUGACUGUCAGUGCGUCUAGUGCUGCCACCAUCAUAGACAAAGUGCUGUGGGAAAUCACCCGGUUCUUUUUACUGGCUAUUGAGCUCAGUGUCAUCAUCUUAGGACUGGCUUUCGGUCACUUGGAGAGUAAAUCCAGUAUAAAGCGUGUGUUGGCUAUCACUGCUGUGCUGGCUCUGGGUUACUCCAUCACACAGGGCACACUAGAGAUCUUGUACCCAGACAGUCACCUGUCUGCUGAGGACUUUAACAUAUACGGCCAUGGAGGACGGCACUUCUGGUUGGCCAGUUCCUGCUUCUUCUUCCUUAUCUAUUCUUUGAUUGUGAUCUUGCCUAAAACUCCAGUGAGGGAGAGGAUAUCCCUUCCAUCCAAGAGGAGUUUCUAUGUGUACGCUGCCAUCCUCUCUAUGCUUAACCUGGUCCAGGGCCUGGGCAGCUCCCUACUGUGUGCUGGAGUCAUAGAGGGACUCUGCUGUGUUGAUGUCACCACCUUCCUCUACUUCUCUGCCUUUGCUCCACUCAUUUAUGUCACAUUCCUCAAGGGCUUCUUCGGCUCAGAGCCAAAGAUCCUGUUCUCCUACAAGUCACAGAUCGAUGAGCCGGAUGAAAGUGACGUCCACCUUCCCCCAACUGUUGCUGCAACCCUCGGCCGUAAGGAGCUGACUGACCAGGGCCUGUACUACUCCUCCACCCAGAUUGACGGCUCUGGUCCAGGCAGCUCCCGUGUGGUUGGAGCAUAUCUGGAUGAUGUCGCCUCUGGGCCCUAUGGGUCCAGCAGCAUUAACAGUAUCGAAGCUGACCGCUGGAGGCCUAUUAAUGUAUGAAUCAGCAAAAGGAGAAAGGACGAGAAGAGAAGACCUAAGGCUGGACUUACAUGUUGUGAGGGGGGGGUUGGUUGGUCGGCGAUUAGGGGAGUCAGCCAAAAAAAUUGCAGAACAAUGUUGUGGGACACUGGGGAAGGGUUAUCUUGGUCUUGCUUUGACACCAGGAAAUGUUAACUUUUUAGUGGACAUUAUAAGAGAGGCCUUUGCUAGCCAGUGAAGUGGAGGAUUAUGAAUUUAGCAAAGCUUUUGUAACACUGCUGCCAGAGUGCACUGCUGCUGUAUCUCCACACUAGGAGUACUGUCCUCGCACUGCGGGCAUAACAGACGAUGUAUUGAUUGUGUUCCUUCUAAAAUGUGUGGUGGGGAUCUCCCACUUCUUGCAACACAUUUUCUGUCAUUCCAGCAGUACGCAUCCACUGAUUAGUGCUUAAUGAUGAAGUUUAACAGUGGUUAAAGAACACCUCAUCUAUAGACUCUAUCAUUCUUUUGAUAAAACUCAACAUCUCUACAUUCCUGUCAAAAGCUUUUGAGAAACAGCCUCUCAGCUGACUUUGUGGUCUGCUGCUGUCUGCAUUAUUUUUUUAACUUAACUAGCUAAUCCUUUUUUUUUUUUACCAAAUCACUGUGCGUCUGUACAACAUGGGACAAGGACUAGUGCUAAUUCAUUGCUUUACUUUGUCCUCUGAAGCAGGUGCUGUCCCUCCUGUGAGCAGGCAAAGAGUGUUAAAAUGAUGUGUCGCUAGCUCCCUAAUAGAAGCAAUGAAUUCAUACAUGAUCACAAAUCAUCUAAGGCUCCUUGUUAGGUGUGGCUUAGAUGUAAGAACAAGUCGCUAUUCUGUCUUUCUUUCCUCUUUAAUUUAUUAUUCCAAUACAAGAUUUAUCAUUCCUGCUACUGAACGCACAUUUAAUUUCUUCAUAGGAUGUCUUACUUUGAAUGUGAUUUGAACAGUAAAUGUGCAGAAUGCUUUUAUAUGUAAUUCAAAUAAGUGAUGCACUCUUUCCUUCUCUGGUUAGCUUUGCCGGCUGCAAAUGUGUUGUUGAUAUAAAGUCUAGUUUUAAUUUUGCCGCUAAUGUCCUUCCCCUAAUUUUCAGUGUUGUUUUCAGUCUUUCAAAUGUAGUUACAAGUGACAAAAUAAGUCCUGAAUAAUACUGCUCAAUUUGGCUGUAUCACAUGAUGGUAUUAAUGCAGUUUCAUUAUAUAGACUUCCAGUGAACGAGAAGAUUAGCUGCCUAUGUUCAAGAUUUAUAAGACUGCAUCAUCACAGUAAGACUAAAAAGAAAGCAACAAGGCAGUUUUUCAUACUUGAGUUUGUUGUAAACCACUUAACAACACAUUUACUUAUACCAUGGAAAUAUGGGAAUGUGUGAGUGUUAUCCUGCAAAUGUUAUACAACAUGAAUGAAUGGAUGGCUGUAUUUAAGCUAGCAGUAUUCAUAGACAGAAAUGAGAUGUGUGCAUAAAGAAUAGUUCCAUUUAUUCUCAGAAUCCUAAAAAACACAACACAGAAACAGAGUUAUGUAUUUCCAAGAUGCAACAGUAUUUUCUCAACUCUUUAAGUGUUUUCUAAUCCAAUUUGAGUGCUGCUGUUUGCUUGGAGUUAGAAUUGUGAUUUGGAGAUCAGCUUGCUGUUUCAUGAGAUGACUUUAUAAAGUGCAUUCACCAUCUUAA